UUUUUAUUUCCUUUUUGUUGCCCGGUUGACAAGAUCCAAAUUCAAAAGGCACGAUCGCUACGCUACGACACCCGAAUCUCACCAGCUCUAUUCUCAGUCAAAAAGGUUCCGCGGUGCCGUGUGGACGACGUAAACGAAAGUGAUAAGAACCCAGCCUAGGAAAAGGGCAAAGCAGGAAUCUAACCGGAACUCGAGCACCGAUAAAGCCACAGGAUGUCCGGCGAUGUUCAACCAAGGAAGCGCAAAGACAAGAAGAGGAAAAAGGAUGACGAGGACACAGUGAAGGAAACUCCCGUGCAAAAAACGCCCUCGGCCGGAGCUGCCCAAGCGGCCACGCAAGUUGGUGAUAUUCAAAUGCACCUGCACAGCGAUCAUGGAACGGGUGGCCAUUGGUGUGCCAAAAUAGUUUUCUUCAUUCUUUUGGCUGGUUUGGGUGCGCUUAUCGGAUUGAUACUUAUUGAAAACCGUGGCCUGUCGAACGACGAUACGCCGUUGUCGGAAUCGCGUUACGCCGAGUAUUUCAGCGGGUGGGUUGAUGAAAACCGGGAGGAUGACCACCACCACGAAGAAAUUCUUAACGCACUCAAUCAGCUGGAAGAACACGAGGACGAUGACGAAGGCCACGACGACGCAGAGCUACCAGAUGAUGGAGAGCCAUUUGCCGAAGAGGAUGAUCACGAUGAUGAUGAUAACGCCGCAGAUGAUGAGGACGAAGAGGAUGAAGAACCCAAACUAGAUGACGACGAAAUCGAAGAAAUCGUUGCCAAUGAAAAAAAGGUCGCCGAACAGGAAGCUGCCGUCGCAGAAGACGACGAUGAGGACGAUAACAAUGACGAAGAAGACGAUGACGAUAAUGCUGAAGACGAUGAAGAGGAUGGCGAAAAUGAUGUGGUUCAAACAGAAGAUCAGGAUAACGAUGACGACGAAGAGGUUAGGAACGAUGACGGUGAUGAUGACAAUGAUGACGGGGUAAAUGACGAAAAAGUGGUAGAAGAAGACGACGACGAUGACGAUGGUGCGGGAAGUGACGGCAAUGAUGAUGAUGGCGACGACGAUCAGCCAGACAGCAAAAAUGAAAAUGAUGACAAUGAUGAAAUCAAUGACGACGACGAUGAUGAUGAAGAAGAAGAAGAAAUCGUCAAAGAAAUUGAUGACUUGGCCGACGCUGAUGACGAUGACGAUAACACACCAUUUGAGGAAGAAGAGAUCAAAACUAAUGCUUUGAAUGAUUCUGCUAACAACGUAUCAAUAAGUUCAAUCCCAGCUGAUUCCUUGGAGCUUGCAAGCGAUGUUUCUAAGCAGUCCCACACGAAUGAUUUGAAAAUUGAUGAGACUCCAAAAGCUAAAAUUAGUGCAGAAUUGCUUGAAAGUCAAAUGGACGAUUUGAUAGACAAUUACAAUAAGUUGGCUGAAAUGUUGAACAUUCCUAAAGAGGAGCAAGUACCAGAAAGUGGUUUGAAAAUACCACAAGGAAAGGAUGACGACGGUAUCGAUCAAAUUGAUGCCGAGGAAGAAGAUGAUCAAGAUGAUGAAAUCGAUGAUGAUGAUGAUUUUGAAAACUUUGUUGAUAACGACGGAGGAGAAGAGGAAUAUCUAACGAGGGUAAAGCAAGAACAGCAGCAACAGAGUCAGCAAAAGCAACAAGACAAACAGGAAUCUCGAGAAGAAUCAUCACUUGCGGUACAAGUCUUAGUUGGCGCUGCUCUGAUUGGCGCAGCUCGCCUUGUUUUGAAGCCCCCGAGUGGCCCACGACCAUCGGCGCCAUCGAAAUCUGCUGAUUCGGAACUUACUAAAGAUAUGCCUGUACCUCAUGAUCAGCAAAAGAAUCAAGACAAAACAGAAUCAGUUAACACGCACAAUACUUUUGCUGAGCCAUUGAUAGCUUCUGAGGAAUGUCAUGCUCAGGCAGAAUCGAUUUUAAAAGAUUUCAUCAAUGCGUCUAACGAAACCAUUGAAGGCAAUGUAAUUCUCAUCGAGGACGAUCAAGCCGAGCUGUACUCUGGCGAUGAAGCUUUUGAAUACGAGCAAGAUCUGUAUGAUUCUGAACUGGAGGAAAUUGAGGAAGAGGCAGAAGAAGAAGUUGACGAUUUGGCCGAAAAACAGUUAGAACAAGAGGAAAGAGAGAUUGGCUCCUUUGUGCCGACUACUUUCGAAGAGUUCAGUGCUAUGUAUCGUGGUCCAGAUCUACCAACGUCAAAAGAUUUUUCCAGCGUCGAUACCAACGAUAAAGAAAAGCACACAACUCCAAGCGAAACUUUUCACAAAGAGUCACCCUUGAUGAAGAAAAAACCACCAAAGGGUGCUGUAAGCAAAUUGAUUUACGGUCUACAUAAGGAUCCGAUCAUCACCGGCGAAGACACUUUACCUCGUGCGGAGAAAGAAGAUCCAUCCGAGAGUGACAUUUCCGAAAUGGAUCAUUCACCAGACAUACCGGAUGAGCUAGAACUGUCGGUGGACAACGGCAGCAAGGAAAACUUGUUCAUACCAAGUGAAGAGCUGCAGCAGGAAGAAGAAUGGGACGAUGAUCUUAUUUACGAAGGUGAAGAGGACAUUGACUCCAUGCUACUGCGACAGUACCCGUCGGACGAAUCGGAUGGGUCGUUCUCGGAUGACAUCGUCGACAUCGACGAAAUUUCCGAUGUUGAUGACUCUGAACUUAUGAGACGUUUGGAUGAAAAAUAUGGAAAGCUGGAAGUUAGCAAAGAUCCAAAUACACAGACGGAAGAUAACGAGCAGAGCUGGACAAGUAUAUCUUCCGAAAUCCCAGCUAGGCCUAGCGAGGCAAAACCGUACCAAGAAGAACUGGAUCGAGCAAAUAGACAGCUUGAUGAGUGGAAAAAUCCUAAAAAGGCCCUCGACAGCUUUAAACAACUGUUGGAAAAAGAUCCCAAUCUGGUGUCCGCAAUGAUCGGCAAAGCACGCGCCCUAGAUCUGAUGGCAGAGCAACAGCAAAGCAAUCCCAUACUCGAAGAAGCGAUCGCGGCCUUCCAGGAGGUACUCAGCCUGGGCAGUGCCGUUGAUAACGGUGUGUUUUUAAUGGCUGCUGAACGUUACAUUGAUCGAGUGAGAUUUCGCGGACAAUAUAUGCGAGCGGUGCCCGUACAGCAGGAGCUGGUCAGACGAUUUGACGCGGAGCCAAAGUUCCGGAACCAAUUGGCGGUCACAUACCUGAUGGCUAAUCGAAUGGCUGAAGCCAAAGUGGUGCUGCAUGAAACUUUAAUGCGCUGGAUAGACGAUGGUUUCGCUUUGGUUCAUUACGGAUUUGUUCUUAAGAAUCACGACAAGGACAUGGAACAAGCCGCUCAAUUUUUGCAAGAAGGAAUCGACACCGGCCAUCCGGGAACCCAAGACGGUCGUUUCUAUUUCCACUUGGGAGAUGCCCUUCAACGGCUGGGUAGGCAACAGGAAGCGCUCAAAGUUUAUGAGAAUGGUUCGAAGAAAAAGCUGUUUCUUUCCAAAUAUCAGAGAUCCUUGUACAACAUAGAUAACCUAAAGUCACGGCCAUUUUGGACGGUCGAGCAAACCACUUACUCCAGCUCGCUUCAGCUUAUCGCGUCUCAAUGGAGUGCAAUCCGUGACGAAGGCAUGAGGCUCCUGAACGCAGAAGGAAAUUUCAAGGAUGAAGCCGAAAACCUUCGCGAUACUGGCGACUGGAAGCAGUUUGAGCUGUUUGCCCGGGGUAAUCGAAUAGCCAACAAUUGUGCCAAAGCUCCUAUCACUUGCAAGUUGGUGGAACAGUUCACCGCAGCACGAACCUGUAAACGUGGUCAAGUGAAGUUCAGCGUUAUGCACCCUGGAACUCACGUUUGGCCACAUUGCGGGCCAACCAACUGCAGAAUACGGGCUCAUCUCGGACUGAAGGUUCCUAGCGGCACGUACCUCCGUGUCGCGGAGCAAACUAGAUCUUGGGAAAGCGGACAAUGGCUCAUCUUCGAUGACAGUUUCGAGCACGAAGUCUGGCACAACGGCACCGGCACUCGUCUGGUGCUGAUUGUUGAUUUUUGGCAUCCGGAACUCACUGAAACGCAGCGUAAAUCUCUGUCUCCAAUUUGACACGUGGUGCCAUAAAAAUGUUGUGAUACAAAGCGUAAAGUCCAGUAGACAAUUUAAUACCAAAGCAGUAGAAUUUGGGGUUAACUUUUAUAUGGCAGAUUGCAUUUUUUAGUUUUAAUUUGUUUGUUUAGGUUUGGAUUUGGAAGAUAUAAUCAAAAUUGUUAGAGUGAGAUGUAAGUUAACAGAAAACGAAUCAUUUGUAUAUAAUAGGAUCUAAUUUUGAUAGCCUGUUGACAUCACCUUUGAAUGACGGACUUGUCGAUUUUAUGCUAAGGUUAAGCAGAAUGACAAUCAAGACUUAUUACAACGGACAGCCUAGGGUCACAUAGCGGUAUUAAGGAUUCAAAUAAAAGUCGAUAUAUUUAAAGAUAAAA